AUGGGACACAGUGGUGCACUUUGUCAGUAUGUACCAGUAAGCACAUGCAAUCGUGCAUUUUCUGAAUCAGUUCCACUGAUACAAAUGGUUGAAUCUACCCCAUUCACCAUUGGAAAACACUACUCUUGUGCUAAAAACCUAAACUUGCAACUGCAUGCAUUUAUGUCCCAAUUCCCUGUUUUCACGUAUAAAUACCAUAAUGCACUGGUUUGGGAGGCGGCGGUGGUACCAAGGGUGGUACAGGAGUCAGAGGAGGGUCUGGUUUGGGUGGUUGUUUCGGAGGAGGCGGUGGUGCUGGGUGGUGGUAAAGGGGUUGGAGGUGGGUCUGGUGCAGGUAGUGGUUUUGGAGGAGGCAAAGGUAACGGUGGUGGCACAGGUAGAGGUGUAAGGGGAGGGGCAGGUGGUGGUAAAGGUGGCGGCGUCGGAAUCGGAGGAGAGUUUGGUGCAGGUGGUGGUAAAGGUAGGGGUGUUGGAGUUGGAGGUGGGUCUAGUGAAGGUGGUGGUGACGACGGAUUUUUCAGACGGGGUGAAAGUAAGGUGGCAUUGGUGGAGGUGCAGGUGGUGGUGUACGAGUCGGAGGUGGGUCUAGUGGAGGUGUAG